AUGGAACCUUCAUCGUCAUCGGCGAUUGCGCAACAAACAUGGGAGUUAGAGAACAACAUAAUCCCCAUGGAAACUCCCGCUGCCGACGAUUCGAUUUUCCACUACGACGAAGCAGGACAGAGCGAGUUUCAACGCGAUAAACCAUGGGCAAACGAUCCUCACUACUUCAAGCGCGUCAAGAUCUCUGCACUCGCUUUACUCAAGAUGGUUGUUCACGCGCGCUCCGGUGGUACCAUCGAGGUUAUGGGUCUCAUGCAAGGUAAAACUGACGCUGAUUCAAUCAUUGUUAUGGAUGCUUUUGCGUUGCCGGUUGAAGGUACUGAAACUCGUGUCAAUGCUCAAGCUGAUGCAUAUGAAUACAUGGUUGAUUAUUCUCAGACCAAUAAACAGGCUGGAAGGUUGGAAAAUGUUGUGGGAUGGUAUCAUUCUCAUCCUGGUUAUGGUUGUUGGCUUUCUGGGAUUGAUGUUUCGACGCAGAUGUUGAAUCAACAAUUUCAGGAGCCAUUUUUGGCGGUUGUGAUUGAUCCGACCAGGACUGUUUCUGCUGGGAAAGUUGAGAUUGGGGCUUUCAGGACUUACCCUGAAGGUUAUAAGCCUCCGGAUGAUCCUAUUUCUGAGUAUCAAACUAUACCUCUUAAUAAGAUUGAAGAUUUUGGUGUUCAUUGUAAACAGUAUUAUUCUUUGGAUAUCACUUACUUUAAGUCUAGUCUUGAUUCACACCUUUUGGAUCUCCUGUGGAACAAAUAUUGGGUGAAUACACUGUCUUCUUCUCCUUUAUUGGGCAAUGGAGACUAUGUAGCUGGACAAAUCUCGGAUUUAGCUGAAAAGCUAGAACAAGCAGAGAAUCAAUUGGCACACUCACGUUUCGGGCCAUUAGUAGCACCUACACCUAGAAAGAAAGAAGAAGAAUCUCCACUCGCUAAGAUCACUCGGGAUAGUGCGAAGAUAACGGUGGAGCAAGUGCACGGCUUAAUGUCACAGGUAAUAAAGGACACUCUGUUCAACUCUGUUCAUCAAGCAAACAAAUCUCGUACGGAAACAUCUGGUCCUGAACCAAUGAUUGAAAGCUGA